AUGGCAUCCUCUCUCGACUAUAUGAAAAGUUUGGGCACAGGCCUGAUUAUUCUGGCCACAGGGUUCGUUUUGGGAUCUAUUUACGCGAAUUGGGCUUAUGACUAUUAUAUGCUCUGGAAGAGCCCCGUCUCUCCUGAAAUGGUCUCACUCACCGCCCAACACUAUCGUAUGCGUGCUGGCCAGCCAGCAUUCUUGCACCAUGUCCUCCACGGUGUCUUGGCCAUUGGUUUCACUGGCAUUUUCAUCAAAAUUUACAAACCCACUGAGGCUAAUACACUCUUCGAUGGUGGAUCUCUUGUUUUGUUUGUAAUUGCCAUUGUCUUUUAUCUCUCAAACCUUCGCGUUGCUGCCCAAUCUGUCUUGACCGGUGAUUGGUACGAUAUCGACGAGACAACAGGAAUCCAGCUGAUGUCUGCUAGUCAGGUCCUUAUCGUCUUGGUGUUUAUGGGUGUUCUUGCUCUGCAACUUGGACAGUGGUGGGCGGCAAAAGACACUGCCUCCCAGAUUGCUAAAGCUAAACGCGAACAGACUCAAGCUCAAAGUGCUGCCACUUCGGAAGCAGACACUGAGCCUAGCGAGGCCGAGCCGGUAAAAGUGACUGGAUCCUCCAAGUCGAAGGCAAAUAAGCGCAAGUAA